GGCAGACUUUAAACGCCUUUGUAAUGUGACAAUACAUCAAUUCCAGUCUAGGUGUCGACAAGAAUCUUCUAGUUCCAGUGCUGAGGACUGAAUAGUCUAUAGAUGUAAGAAGCGAGAUUCUAUUUAUCCCCCCUUACUGCAAGAUUGAGUAUAUUUACCGGCGUAACUCAUGUUAUUGGAAGUUUACUUUACCCAGUCGUCAAUCCGUGGGCUGCGAUCUGAAAAUUGCAUACACAGCAUCCUCCAUGUCUCAAUCCUUUAAGCCGUGGCCAUCAUGCGUGUGGGGAGACGACGAUCUGAAUCCCCUAGAUUUACAGGAUCAGGAUCUGAACGACAUAGCAGCGGUGCUCAAAGCCCUAGCAAAAGGUACCUACCCGCGUCUGGACGCAUUACCUACCGCGCUCAAUGUCUAUAACUGCAACCGGAAACUUGGCGACGAGAACAAGGACCUGCCGUGGGCGUUCUUCCAUCCGAUUACCGUUAUUCCGCCUGCCAAGCCUGGGACGAGUGACUCGCUACCAACGUACCCUGUUAUCCAGCUUGAUGUUAAUAUACUGGAGGACUUGAACAAGCGGUGGCAGCCCAUACGGUACGGGAAAGAAAAUGAUAGUAAUAACAGCAGCCAACUGUCGGAUGCUGUUUCUGGUCCUUUGGGGCGGUUUCGAUUCUUGUGCUUCAUACACAAGCAUCGGAUCGAUCGAAAGAACAAUCCCCAGAAGGGCGUGCAUACGAUCAGUAUCUGGGAUCGUGAGUGGGAUGAACUCACCUGGCACGACACGUACCACGUAGACAGGGAAGCGCGCAGGAAAGAUAUCAAGCAAUUCUGGAAGCAUACUUGGUCUUCGGGGUUCUUCAACGGAACAUAUUCCCAAGAGGAGUUUAUGGGUCGGAUUCGCUACCGGACUGUGUACCACAUUUGCGAGCAUAUCGAAGAUACGCUGAGGGGAGCUGUUCCCCCACGGCACACAAUUUACGCCGUCAUGAGCGUUGCGCUCUUCCACAUGAACAACGCGAGGGACCCGCAGGUCUCCAUCGUGCCGGACCGGCUCGAGCUAUUCGGAGGGCAGUACAAGGGCCUGCUGCCGCGGUUUUUCGCGCAUACCUUGUGGUUAUGCCUGGAUGCACAGCCGCAGUGGAACCGCGGGCGCCAGGUCCUCUUCGUAAAGCAGUUUCGUAUCGUCGAGCGGCUGCGGUGGAUGAGGUUGCGCGCGCGUGAGUAUCUAGAGCUCUACCAGAGAGAUAGCGAUCAUCGGGAUGGAGUUGACAGUGAGGAUGAGGUCGGGCGGAAGUGGAUGUACGAUGUUUUGAAUAUGUGA